AUUACACGCGAGUAAAACUGAUAUCGACGACGACGAUGGUCUUCGUCGAGACGUCGACCACCUCCUCGUUUCCACAGGGUCUCAACUACACAUACACAACUCUGUUUCGUUUAAAACGUAAGCGACGUUCGCGAUUUCUCCAGUCGAUAUUGCGAUAAAGACGCAGUUAACACCGUGUAGUGUGCGUAAAAGAUUAAAUCGUUUAAAAAACACGUGGUGAUUUUGAAUUAAAUUCGAAACAAAUUUUUUUGCGACCUAAAAGUCGGUGUUUUAAUUAUAUUUUUUUUAUCGGAGCAGCUGUUUUCGGUCGAUGGUGUCCGUUCUUGACGGUUUUCAAAGACAUAUACUGGCCAUUCUAAUCUACGUGGUCAUAAUUAUUUUUCUCGCAUUCGUUUUGGAUUUGUUAAGAAAAUUUUGUUGCCGACAGAGUAAUGAGUUUGGAAAUGAUCCAGAAAACGUUUUUUAUAACCACGAUGUGAACACACAACUAAGCAGAUCGCCGUACAUUUUACCACAACCCGGUGUCUUAGAAGUGCCUUAUUAUCCACCAUCACCAUGUGAUAACAGGCCAAGUUAUUUGGGGGUUCCCCCCACGUAUACGGACGCCUCCGGGUUACCCACAUACGACGAAGCAAUGAAAAUGACCAACUCAACCAAAUCAUUAGGGACCAACCAACACAUAGUGGCAUAACAAAAAAUAAAAUUGACAAAGUUAAGAAUAAAAAAUGUAAAAAGGUGAUUUAUGGAUUUAUAGCGCUGUGUAGAAUUGCUUCUGUGAAGCCUACAAUGAAAGAUUCGGCGCGAUUAAGUGUACUUUUGGUGGUUUUUUUUUCGAAUGCCAUAGACGCCAAUUUAUUGAUAUAAUGUAAUUAUUAUAUUUUUAUAAGGAUUAUUAAGAUAAUUAAUAAAUAAAGGAUUUUUGUUA